AUGGUCUCCCGAGAAAGGAGCCUCCAACGUGAAAACUCCUUCUUCGGCGAGAUCUUUGGAGCUUUCAGGGUCAUGGAACGUCCCAUGUGGAUGUUGAUUAUCGUCACUGCCUUAAACUGGAUCGCGUGGUUCCCUUUUCUUCUAUUCGAUACUGACUGGAUGGGUCGUGAAGUGUACGGUGGAGACUCUAGUGGAGACGACAAAAUGAAGGACCUUUACAACAAAGGAGUCCACGCUGUUGGCGGAGGCUCACAGGAAAACCGCGGUGCGUUUGCCGGUCCCACCGAUGCAAUUAGAGGUGAAGCAUUGACAAUCUUUGCUUUUCUUGGAAUCCUUCUUGCUAUUACUUUCAGUAUUCCGUUUGCACUAGCUUCCAUUAUCUCAAGCAACUCCGGCGCCGGCCAAGGACUUUCACUCGGAGUUCUAAAUCUGGCAAUCGUGAUACCACAAAUGGUGGUGUCACUUGAAGCUGGGCCUUUCGACGCCUUGUUUGGAGGUGGAAACUUACCUGGAUUUGUGGUCGGAGCAAUUGCAGCGGCAGUCAGUGGCGUGGUGGCAUUAACCGUUCUACCUUAA